GACAAUGAAACCCCUCAGUUAUGUGUUGGUCUAUCGCCGCUUUCUCCUUGUGAUUCUCUGUGUUCUCCUUCUAUUGCCACUCCCUCUCGUUGUCCGCACCAAGGAAGCAGAAUGUGCCUACGUCCUCUUUGUUGUUGCCAUCUUUUGGGUCACAGAAGCCUUACCCCUGUCAGUCACAGCUCUACUGCCUGGUUUAAUGUUUCCCAUGUUUGGGAUCAUGUCUUCCACACAUGUGGCCUCUUCUUACUUCAAAGACUUUCACCUGCUGUUAAUUGGAGUCAUCUGUUUAGCAACAUCAAUAGAAAAAUGGAAUUUGCACAAGAGGAUUGCUCUGAGGAUGGUGAUGAUGGUGGGUGUGAAUCCGGCCUGGCUGACGUUGGGGUUCAUGAGCAGCACUGCCUUCUUAUCUAUGUGGCUUAGCAACACCUCUACUGCUGCCAUGGUGAUGCCCAUCGUCGAGGCUGUGGCGCAGCAGAUCAUCAGUGCUGAAGCAGAGGCCGAGGCCACUCAGAUGACUUAUUUCAAUGAAUCUGCAGCCCAUGGACUGGAAGUUGAUGAAACUGUUAUUGGACAAGAAACAAAUGAGAGAAAAGAGAAAGCAACACCAGUUCUAGGAAGCAGUAAUGACGCAGGGAAAGUUUCAAGCAAGAUGGAGACAGAAAAGAACAGAGUCACAGGAAUAGCAUAUCGGUCAAAGAGGGACCACAUGAUGUGUAAACUCAUGUGUUUAUCUAUUACUUACUCUUCAACCAUUGGUGGGCUGACAACAAUCACUGGUACCUCCACCAACCUGAUCUUCUCUGAGCACUUCAAUACACGCUACCCUGAAUGUCGUUGCCUCAACUUUGGAACCUGGUUUUUAUUAUCCUUCCCAGUUGCAGUUAUCCUUCUACUCUUGUCCUGGAUCUGGCUUCAGUGGCUUUUCUUAGGAUUCAACUUCAAAGAGAUGUUCAAAUGUGGCAAAAUCAAAACACCCAAAGAAAAAGCAUGUGCCGAGGUGAUCAAGCAAGAAUAUGAAAAACUGGGGCCAAUUAAGUAUCAAGAAAUCGUGACCUUGGUAAUCUUCGUCGUGAUGGCCUUGCUAUGGUUCAGUCGGGAUCCUGGCUUUGUUACUGGCUGGUCGGCCCUGUUUUCAGAGCACUCUGGUUAUGUUACAGAUUCAACUGUUGCGUUAGUUGCCGGGAUACUUUUCUUUCUAAUUCCAGCUAAGAAAUUGACAAAAACUACAUCUUCAGGAGAAAUUGUUGCUUUUGAUUUUGCUCCCCUGAUUACUUGGAAAGAAUUCCAGUCAUUCAUGCCGUGGGACAUAGCCAUUCUCGUUGGUGGCGGCUUUGCCCUGGCAGAUGGCUGUCAGGCAUCAGGACUAUCUACCUGGAUAGGAAGUAAAUUAUCUCCUUUAGGUUCAUUACCAAUUUGGCUAAUAAUUCUGAUAUCUUCUUUGAUUGUCACGAGUUUGACAGAGGUAGCCAGCAAUCCAGCUACCAUCACCAUUCUUUUCCCAAUAUUAUCUCCUUUGGCGGAAGCCAUUCAUGUGAACCCCCUUCAUAUUUUACUGCCUUCCACACUCUGUACAUCAUUUGCAUUCCUUCUGCCAGUUGCAAAUCCACCCAAUGCUAUUGUUUUUUCAUAUGGCCACUUGAAAGUCAUCGACAUGGUUAAAGCUGGACUUGGAGUAAAUAUUUUGGGUGUUGCUGUGGUGAUGCUGGGCAUGUUCACCUGGAUCGAAUCUAUGUUUAACCUCAAUGAGUACCCUGCCUGGGCUCCCAAUUUUGUUAAUCAGACCAUGCCAUGACAAGCACAAAAUUGCUACUUUAUUGUGACUUUGGGACUUGCUAGGAAUUCAUUGUAAGAUGUAACUGUAUAUUAUUGACACAUAUCAAUCAAUGAUAUAGUCACUGCAGUCCUGGUAAAUGCCUCACACUCACUGUCAUAGAGUCUAUACGUCUUUUGAAGGACAACCCAAGAGCAUCUACACACCUACAUCCAGAAACCUAUGGUUGAAAUUGCGUUGGCAGACCCUACACACGCUUUCUCCAUAAAAGUGAUGCUAGUACCUUCAACAAAGUUAGGCCAUUUUCCACAUCUUAAACUUGGAGUUAAGUGUAACAUUUCAAACAUUAAUUUACUAUUUGAAAAUCUUCUUAUGGAACUAAAAGCAGAAAAUAAAGUAUAAAAGUAAAUGUGAUACUUGAAUAAAUCAUUUCUAUAGUGUUUUUCAAGGGAAUUUGCUAAGGAAUCAAGCCACAGCCAUUGGUGUAAUAAAAGUAACAUGUGUAUUUAUUUAUUUAUUGAAAAUUCCAGCUGCAUUAUUACUAAGGUAUAGACAAAAGAAAUUGAAGUUAAAAUAGUUAUAAAUUCCCAAAUCCACGAAUUCAUUUGAUAGUAGAAAAUUUACAAUGAUUAAUUCUAUGUGUCCAUAUAAACAGGCUAUCAUUUUAUUUGUCUGUGAAUUCCAUGCUGAGCAAUGCAUUUUGAGGAGUUAUGAAUAAAUGAGUUGUGAUUUGCAGUAUUUUACAGUAUAGUUAGAAAAGCUGUGCAUUAAAACUAUUAACACAUCUGUGCAAUGUAUGACGUCUGCAUCUGUCACCACAGGAUCACAGGAUUUGGAUUCUCCCCUGCUUAGUCUCACAGAGGAAAUAAACUAAAAAAAAAAAAAAAAAAAAAAAA